CGAAUCCAAUUUCUCGACACGACAAUGUGUCCUUGCCGUAUAAUAUUUUCAAUUUGCUUCGACAUUGAACAAGUGCAGACUCCGUUCUCCGAGGAGGACAAAACUCAAAUAUCGGCACGAGCUAUACGCUUACCGACGUAAGAAGAAACCCUUUUGGAUUUGAGUGUUUGCCGUGGAGGGUUUUCUUUUCAAGUCCAGGGCAUAAGAUAUGGCGGUAAAACCAACAGUUGCCUUGAGGGCUAUGCUUGUAGGAGGAAUUGCAGCGUUUGCAAAGGUAGGUGCUGCAGUGAAGGCUGCUGGCAGUGCAAAGGUUGGUGCAGCAGCAGUUGCAAUGACGGCAGCUGCAACCGCAGCUGUGUCAGGAUCUAAACAAGAACAGAAUGCUUCUAAGCAGAAGUGAAGUUAAUUUUUAUGCAAUGUGCUUGGUAAUUUUAGUGUAUAAUUGGCUGCUCCAUGUUUUGUCUUGGAACACAUUGGCUAUGCCUGAGAUAUAAUGUUUUUUUUUUCUUUUUUCUUUUAAUGUAAGACAAGAAACCAAUUAAAAUAAGAGAAAUCGCAUUGUUCUUUUGCA